AUGGGGGCUUUACGGCUGAGAUAUUUGGCAAAAGAUCAGGAGUUUUGGAGUGUUUUCACGAGCCCAUGCUUGCAUGCAGGGGUUUUCCACCUUAUAAUCAAUCUCUCAUGUAUAAUAUUUGUUGGAAUUCAGAUAGAGCAAGAGUUUGGACCGUCAAGGAUAGGGGUUAUCUACGUACUUUCAGCUCUUACCGGAAGUUUGGUAGCUGCUCUGUUUGGAUUGCUUGGUGCAAUGCUAUCUGGGCUUAUCGGGGAAUUGGAAACUUUACUCCAAAAAGGAGGAUUCAUCUCAGUUUUCCUUCUUGGUUUUGUGCUCUUAUUCAAGCCUGAACUGGGGAAAAUGUAUCAAAAUAAAGGCGGUUUAUUUGAAUAUGAUGUCAAGCAUUCUGUCAAACUUAAGCAGAAGUUAGACACACCAGUCUUGAGGAGUAUUUCUCUUGUCAUCUUCAGUCUUCUGUGA